AUGACCAUGGAGUACCAGAACAUUUCUAACAGCUCUCUGUUUGCCCGUACCUCAGUGGAGGAGCUAGUAUCCAGCCCUGUUCUGGGAUUGUGCUGUGCUCUGGGUGUACCAGGUAAUAUAGCGGUGCUGGUCAUGCUCACCCAUCAUUUAAAGGAGGGCAGUUUUACCCCCAAACUGAUGCUGAGUCUGGCUGUCUCGGAUCUAUUGAGUCUGAUUUCUCUGCCUGUGUGGAUCUAUGCCCUCCUGAGGGGCUGGGUUUUUGGCCAAGGUCUUUGUAAGUUAUUUUCUUAUGUAGUGUACUGGAGCCUCUACAGUAGUGUGCUUUCAGUCACCUUGUUGAGUGUGCAAAGGUACCUGCAGGUGCUGUAUCCACAGCGAUGGGCAAAACUUGGACAGAAGGGCCAAAAGGGACUGAUUUUUGGGAUAUGGACAUCCAGUGGAGCUCUGGCUUCUCAUGCUCUUUAUUUCCGAAACGUGAAGCAGAAGAAGGACAUGCUUUUACACUGUUAUCAGGAUUAUACAAAUAAACAAGAACAAGUAGCUGUCUUACUUGUAGAGACUCUAGUGAUGUUUGUUGUUCCUCUCUUCAGCCUGUUGUUCUUCUACCUUCGACUUCAUCAACGGAUAAGCCAGUCAUCUUCCUUCAAAAGCCACAGGCUGACCAAACUGGCCGUCAGAAUCGUAGUGGUCUUCUUCAUAUUCAGCACCCCCUGUAUGAUCAACAACCUGGUCUUAAUGGCAUUGUCAUGGGAAUCAGAUGUCAGCAACAAUGUAACCGGGGCUCUUUUCUUUAUCAACAGUUGUGUGAACCCCUUUCUUUAUGCCUUUUCAGCUCGAACCCUGUGAUGCAGAAGAAAAAGAGCAUUCAGUCAAGCCACAACAACAUCAGAAUGAAACUGAAAAUGGUAAGGAAUGUGGUCAUGCUGAGGCAGGUAAACGAUACUCGUCUUCUGACUGCAGCUUUUAAAGAGAGAUGACCUUUCUGACCACACAAUAAAGGAACUUCAACCUCUACACAAAGAAGAAGGAUGCCAACAAAGACUUAUUUUUUGUUGUAAUUUGUUGUUUGAAUUAAAGUCUAAUUGAAAGUGGUUAUACAACAGUUUGGUUUGUGUCUGUAAACAUAUUUUUCAAAGUUGUAAAAAAGGAUUAUCGGAGUAGUUUUUACAAGAAAGUACUGUUUCAGACUUUCUAUUUAAAUAUUCACAUUAAGUUCAAUGUGUUUCUUGCGGUUUCUUUGUCAAUUUCCUUUGUGAAAUUUACUAGCAAUUUUUAGUUUCAAAGUACACCCAACACCAGCACAUUGUUCAGUGUAAAUUUUAACUGUCUGUCAUGACUGUUUAUUGAGGAAAGUUGUGUGAUUUAAAUGUUUUGCUAAUUUUACACAUUUUAUUAUUUACAAUAGCCUAUCUGCUGGUCGGAAAAACCUUUUUCAUUUUUGCUUUUUUACAAACUGCUUAAAUUCUGUCAAAAAUACCACAAUAGCUAUUGGGGCCAAUAGUGUUUAAUGGACUGCAUGUUUUUUCUUGGGCAUAGGCCGCUGGUGCAAAUAUCCAGUGGAAGGUUUUUUUUGUUUGUUUUUUUUGUAUACAUUAUUGCAAGAUGUACCAUGUGCCUAUACAGAAACGGACUUUUAUAAAUAAACACACUGUACCCGUA